AAAAUCUAGGCUUUUUCAGAGUACGGCUAAGAUCAUCAUACCAUGGCAGCCACAUCAGCAGCAUCGUCCUCUUCGUUAGACAAUUGCCCCAUUUGCUGGGAUGAGCUUUCUACAAACAGUGGAAGAACUCUUGUGACCCUCCAAUGCUCUCACAAGUUCCAUCUUGACUGCAUUGGCUCGACAUUUAAUUCUUUUGGGGAAAUGCGAUGCCCCUUAUGUCGAGCCAUUGAAAAUGGCACGUGGAUUAUCCCUGAAGAAAGAGCAGAUCAAGCAGCUUCUGACACUGAGGGAUUUGAAUUUGAGGAAUGGGAUUUGUUUCCUAUUCAAGAAGGGUAAGCAAGCCUUCAAUGCAAAUUCUCUUGUUAUCUUUAAUAUGAUCCACGUUUUAAAUACUGUUAAAGAUUAAAUUUUUUUGUUUUUU